GUUCUCAUCUAUAACGGACAGUUGGAUAUCAUUGUUGGAGCCCCACUGACAGAGCGAUAUCUACAGGUGUUGCAGUGGUCAGGCCAGAAAGACUACCUCGCAGUAAAGAAGGAAGUGUGGAAGACUGAAGGAAGCAGUGAAGUAGCUGGCUAUAUUCGCCACGUGUCAAACUUCUGGCAGGUAUUAUAAUAAUGCUGCCAGGAGAUCAUUAAUGAAGGGGUCAGAGUCAGAGUGGGCCAACCCUCAAUAUAC